AGGUGCCAGGACCGGAUGUGAUCAGGCUGGAUCGUCGGUGUAACGCAUGAGUGUAACGGCACGGCAUGGUAUAUAAAGGUCUGAGCGGACACCAACAGGCCCUUUGAGACAUCCGCUGAGAGGGGCUCAGUCUGCACGCGCGUGAAACACUUCAGUUUGAAAGCUCACCAUGGUGCAGCUGUCUCCUUCCCCUAACCUGGAUGUCACACCACCUGAGCACUUGGAGGACGGGGAGGACAGAUGGGGGGACCUUGACCUGAGCACCCAGCAGUUCAGCAUGGAGACCUCCACUGUCUACCACGGCUAUGACCUCUACAUCGAAGAUGGUCUCAUCUGCUUAAAAAAAAAAGUCCGCAACUUGGAGAAAAAGAAGCUGAAACUUGAAGACUACAAGAGGAGGCUGACCUGGGGGGAGGAUCUUAACCAUGAUCAGAUGGCGGCGGUGGAAAAGUACGAGGAGGUGCUUCAUAACCUGGCAUUUGCACAGGAGCUGCACAAAACCCUGGAUGAAUUGACUCAGAAUUUGUUGAGAGCCCAGAGGAAGGCCGUGAGGAAGGAAAAAGUGGCAAAGGUGGAGACUGAGAGGAGGAAUCUGACCUCUGUGCUGCAGUUCCAGCACCUUCUCCACAGCAUGCAGUUGGAGCACAUCAGGACAGACCUGCUGGCUGGACGCAACCAGGCCCCCCGCAUCACAGCCCAGCAGCUGCAGAGCCUGAGUCAGCUGGCCACCCUGCUGGGAGUCAAGAGAGAUCACACACUGAGUUUAGAGGAGCAGAUGGAGCGGGCGGCUGUGGCCCACCUGAACCUGCUGGAAGGGAAAGACAAGCCGGUGGCUGGAUCCACAUAUAAGCUGUUCAAAGAAGAACUCGCUGAGCUGAUGAACUGCAAGUACUUCACUUGUCUUCCAUCUCCACCCAAUAAACCUGCAGAGGAGUUUCUGAAAGCCAACAGCCACAGCCCUAUAGCCACAUCAAACUCAAAGGAAGUUUCCAAGAAGAACUGGAAGGUGGGCUUCCAGACCAGGGAGCGGGAGCCUCCUGACUGCUGGGAUCUGGACUCAUCUGUUGGACCCAGUUCCCCCCCUGCUGCAGUUCACAGACCAUGGAGAGGAGCUGCCACCUUCAUCCCCAAAGGCUCCGUCACCACCAAGAAACAAUCUGCUGGCUGCAAACAGAGAAAACGGAGAGCCAAAGGAGUGCAACCCGCCAACUCGGCAGUUUACAUGGAUAUGCCUGUGGAGGUUUUCAACUCUACAUAUGCCUUACCCAAAGACCCUUUCCUCAGAAAACAGCACCUAGAGGACCUUGUGACAAAGAUCCAUGGCUCCUUCAGUUUUAUGCAGGACUCUCUUCUAGAGGGUGAGAUCUCUCCAAUCAAUGUCCACCAAAAACUGAAGCAGAGGUCAUCUAAAUCUCCAUCCCCUUUAGGACAUGCUGACUUAGGAAGUCCAAUUGAUGUCCUGCCAAAAGAAAUGCAUUCCACCCCACUGCCUACCAGGCUUAUUGAGCGCAGAGCCAGUAAGACUAAUGGGGAUCAGUGCUUGGAGACCAGUGCACUAAAAGUUCCUUCACUGGACUUGCCUCAUGAGCCGCGGCAGCUGGCUGAAAGCAAGGGGUUUCCUUCACCUCCGCUGUACCGCAGGGAGGCCACCAUUCCUGUCAGCCUGGAGAAGAGCUGCGCUUAUACUCCAGAGUCAAAGAAGCAUCCCCCCUGCAGCAGGGUUGAGUCGUGCACUGUCAACCUUCCUCAGGGAAGGACUUUCUCCACACCUCCCUCCAGACGAACUCUGACUUCUUCACAGUUUCAGAAUAUCCAGCAGGUCUUCAAGGUGAAUGCUACCUUUUCUCAGAAUGGAGAAUUGAAAUACAAACCAGAUUCUUCAGUUUUUGCUGAACCUAGGUACAGCACUGCCAGUACCCAAACACCAGCUGAGUUUUUCCCCCCGGAAGACGAACUACAACCAGGAGGAUCCUACAUUCCCCAGACUCAUCUAAGGGACUGUGGCCCCACCUUCUAUGCUGCGAGAGACGCUGGAUACCAUCAUGGCCAUAGAUGUGGAGGAGGGAGGCAUAACUUGAGUGCAGCCUGGAGUGACUCUUCCCAGGUCAGCACCCCAGACCGAGAGGGAGCAUUUACAAUUGUGGACUCGGGUCAGGGGGAUUCUCUGUCGGUGUCCACCAUGGAGGUCCCUCUCUCUCCCCACGGUGACCAUCAAAACCUGCUUCCGAUGCAACUCUACCCACUCUCCCAGCCAUUGAGAGUGGCCUUUAAUGCCUCUCGCACUGCCAAUUUUGCCCCAGGCAAUCUGGACCAGCCCAUUGCCUUCGACCAACUGCACAGCAACCUUGGAGAGAUGUUUGACACCCGCAUUGGCCGCUUCACCUCCCCUGUCAAUGGAACCUAUGUCUUCCUUUUCCACAUCCUGAAGCUUGCCAUCAACGUACCUCUCUAUAUUAACCUCAUGCGCAACGGAGAGGUGAUGGUUUCUGCAUACGCCAACGAUGGGGCCCCAGAUCACGAGACAGCCAGCAACCACGCUAUCCUGCCCCUCUUUCAGGGAGACCAAGUGUGGCUCCGUUUGCAUCGCGGGGCAAUCUAUGGAAGCACCUGGAAGUACAGCACCUUCUCUGGCUUCCUGCUCUACCAGGAUUCAACCUGAACAUCUAUAUUCUUCCAGUGUGAGGACCAGUUCCCUUUAAUCAUCAAUAAAAAAAUGGACAUUUCAAGAUAUUGGUCAGGCUCCAUGCCAAUGGCCUUUUUUCAGCAUGAAGCCCAUUAUGAUCAGUGCCCACAGCCAUUAUCUAUAUAUACAAUUGUGACUUGACAUAAACCAAAUAUAGUUGAUGUUCCAUGAAUGCAGUUUACUAGUAUCACAGUCGCAAGGGUGACUACCACAAUGAUAAAUCUGUGUUCUAUCACCUAUACAUUCACCAGGUCACUGAUUUCAAUCUUAUGAGUUUGUGCCUUUUUGUUUUAUGGAAGGCUUUGGACAACUUACUAGAUGGGUUUACGUAUAAUGAACUUAAUCAUUGUCUGAUUUAUCUAAUUAAUUUCUAGUUGACUCUGCUAUCUUAUGUGUUCAGUGUAACUGAAUGUGACGCUAAGGAAGAAAAUAUGAUGUUGGUGGUGGGAAUGGUGCUAAUCCAAUCAGGCUUUGGCCUAAAGAGACGUUGUGGUCCUAUUGAUGUGUAUAAAUAAAGAGGAGCAGUGCA